AUGUGUAUAUUUGGUUUAUUCUUACUAAGUGUAAUAGUUACCGUUGCAAAUGUACAAUCGCAUUAUGAUGAUACAACAGAGAAUAUCGAUCGAACAGAGUAUCCUCCAAGCUUGUUCGACAAAUUGAUGAAAGACUUCGACAGAGUAUAUAAAGUAGAAAGUCAUAAACGAAUUUCUAGCAAUAUGUCCCAGAAAACCGUAGAAAAUUUACCUGCCAAAAUGUCAAGGACAAAGAAAAUUUAUUACACCACUUCCGACGGUACGGACUUACCGGAUUUAACCGAUGAAGAGAAAAAAAUAUUUUUUGCUCGGAUUGGACCAAACUAA